AUGAUUGAGUUCGAAUUCGACAAAGUGGCCGAAGAAUUGGAACCUUGGUAUGAAAAAAUCAAAGGAGGUCCUCUCAUCACAGCCUUCUAUUUCCGUCAAGCUUCUGUGAUGCGCAAGGUUGGUGAACUCUUCAAACUUAGGCAUCAAUUGACAGUCAGUCGCAACAUGACAGAGACUCCGGAUUUCUAUUGGGAUCGACCACAAAUCGAGCGACUGUUUCAUGAUCUUAAGGUCGCAUUUAGCGUAAAUUCACGAACUCGGAUUCUCUCCACUAAAUUAACUAUGUGUUGCGAGUUGACGCAAAUACUCUCUGACCAUCUCCACUCGAGGCAUUCUUCCCGGCUUGAGUGGAUGAUUAUCGUUCUUAUUCUAGUGGAGGCAGGUCUUUUCUUCCACUAUUUGAUAUCCACUUCUUAA